AUGCCUCCUCUCGCCGCAGUCCUCCUCCCCCUCCUCCUCGUCCUCGGCGCGUCUCCGGCGUGUCAAGGCCAAGGCCAAGGCCAAGGCGCCGCCGCGACCCACAACAUCACGGCCAUCCUGGCCGCGCACCCCGACCUCACCGACUUCAGCGCCGCUCUCGUCAGCACCGGCGCCGCGGCGGAGAUCGGCCGCCGCCAAACCAUCACGGUGCUCGUCGUCGACAACGCCGUCAUGGCGCGGCUGAAGGCGCAGAAGCCGGACCCCAAGGAGCUGGAGCGCGUGAUCUACCUCCACGUCCUCCUGGACUACUUCGACGCCGCCAAGCUUGGCAGCAUCCAGGGCGGGUUUGCGCAGGUCACCAGCCUCUACCAGGCCACCGGCAAGGCGCAGGGGAGCGACGGGAUCCUCAACAUCACCGUGUUCACCGACGGCCGCGUGGCGGUGUUCACGCCGUCCGCCCCCUCCAACAGGCUGCCGACCGCCUUCUACCAGCGAUCCAUAAAGGAAGUGCCGUCCGACAUCGCUGUCCUGCAGGUGAAAGACCUGAUCUGGUCUCCGGCGACGGCGGACGGGGCGCAGGGGCCCGCGCCCGCGUCGCAGCCCGGCGCGGCGCCGGAGUUGACGGAUCUGCUGUCCAAGAACGGGUGCGGGGGCUUCGCCGGCCUCCUCGCCGCGACGGCCGACGCGGUCGCGGCUUACGACCGCAGCGCCGGCGCCGCCGCCGGGCUCACCGUCUUCUGCCCGGCCGACAAGGCGGUUGAGGCCUUCAACUCCACCUUCAAGAACCUCACUGCCGACGCCUGGCUCGCGGUCCUGCUGUACCACGGCGUGGCGGCGCACUACUCCGCGCAGUCUCUCAAGGCGAUCAACGGGGAAGUGGGCACGCUCGCCGCCGACGGAUCCAAGAACCACGAGUACAACCUCACCGUGCGUGCCGACGGGGACACGGUGAAGCUGUCGUCCGCAGCCGCCAUCGCCGCCACGGUGACCAAGACGCUGCUCGACAAGGCACCGCUCGACGUCUACCUCAUCGACGCGGUGUUGCUGCCAAGGGAGCUGUCUAACGGCGGCCAGGGCCGCACUGCGCCCGCCCCUGCGCCGGCCUCGUCGCCUGCACAUGCACCUACGCCUACGCCUGCCCUUGCGCCGCCGCCUGCCCUUGCACCGGUCUCGCCGCCGCCUGCACAUGCACCCACACCCACACCCACACCCCGACUUGCCCCUGCGCCGGAGGCUGCACCACCUACGCACAGGCGUCGCCCCGCGCCAUCGCCAGAGGACACUACCCCAGCUCCUUCACCGGACGAGGACGGCCAACCGCCUGCAGAUCAGAAGAACAACGGAGCAAGGGACACGGCGUCUUGGACUCUUGGCGCGGCGGUGGAGGCCGCGGCGGCAGCGACCGUGUUCCUCUUGUGGUGA